UGCUUUAUCACCAAACCAAGAAACAAUUAGUGCCUGCACUGCAUUGUUUUUCAAAAACAGAGGAAACUAGAUCGGUCUCAAUCAGUUUAUCGAGAACAACAGCAAAAAUAACAUCUCGAGCCAACAAGCAGCGAAAAAUCCACAAAAUAUUUUCGUGCCGAUUUUCUCUUUUCGAGCAAAAUAUCAUGUGCAUAGUGUAAUACGGUCCGCGCAAUAGAAGUUUUGAUUACGAAAAAAAAACAAAUUCUAGUUGAAUAUCACAACAACAACAAAAAAAAUACAUUUUAUCAGAAAAAAAGGCGAAUCAAUCGUAUAAAAUGUCAUUCCAAAGUGUUCGCAAAAUGUGCUUGAAAUAUGUAGUGCUAACGGUGUUGUUGAGUUCAUUAGUGCUUGCCGAUCAGGCAACUCAAAAUAGUGAAUCGUUAGUAUCGAAAAUGACCUGGGAUUGUGCAAAUAAUGCCAGCUGUUUCGAUAAUAUCAAAAAUGAAUUCUUGCACGGAUUACAACAACGAAAAUCAUUCAAUUUCGAUGGUUUAUUCAGCAUUCAACCGGUUGGUGAAAAAUCGAAACCAAUCAGUGAAGGACGUGGAUUUAUGUCAAACAUUUUUGCUGAUAAUCAAUUGCGCAUACCAUUCGCUGGACUCGCUAUGACCGUUCAACGGGCCGAACAAUAUCCCGACUACCUUGAAGUUGCUCUUGAAAAGGAUGUUCAACAAGAAGGUCGUCGUCGCAACGGGCUCGGUGGUGGACACGGAGGACUCGGUGGUGGUGGUGGCGGCGGCGGAUUGAGAAAAGGCAAAAAAUAUGUGCAAACAUUCAUUCCAUUGUUCUUGGCAUUCAACGCUGUUGGCUGGAUGUUACUUGCCGUUAAGGCAGUUGCUGUUUUAACCGUUAAAGCAUUAGUUGUCUCGAAAUUGGCAUUGCUUGUGGCCGGUACCAUUGUUUUCAAGAAGCUCAUGGAUUCUGCUACCGAAAAAUGGCAUGGAUUCGAUCACGGUGAUCAUGGAUUAGUUGGUUUACCAUACAACAUGGAAUACGCUUUGCCCAGUCAUAAUUAUCACACAACGGCCGAAUUAAAUGGAGGUGAUUUGUUCUCAAUGCCAUUGCAACAAGCUGCUCACGACACGCUCGCUGUUCAGCCAGCUGCACAACAUACAUUCACAUCGGAAGCAAUUGCACCACAAGAAAGUCAACUCAGUCCAGUCAUGGCUAGUUUGACGGCACAACAAAAAGCCCAUGUUACACAACCAAUGCUCGCAACUCAAACUGGAGCCAAAGUGAAACGCCAAGAUGACGUUUGGACAGGUUACCUCAAGAAACCGAUGUUCUAUAAUGGUGCUUCAUAUUUCCAAGGUUAAACAUUGACUCGUGAAAAUCAACCAAUACGCCAAAUACAAACAAAAACUUAAUAAAAAAAAUGAUUCUAAACGGUAUCUCUUUCUCCGUUCGUGGCUUCUAAAAAAAUCAAUCAUGAAAUUCCGAAACAAAACCCCAACGAAUGUGUUUAUAAAAAAAUGGAAAUUCUUUUGCUUAACGUGUUCUUUUGGAAAUUUCUAUAUAAUUUUUUUUAAUAUAUAAUUUCUCUCUUUGAGUUUUAAAUCAGAUUUGUUUUGUUCUAUUUUCCAAUUUUAUGAAAAUGAACGAAUGAGAAAAAGAUGACGACGUGAAAGAUGAAAAGAAACAUGAUGAAAAUGAGAGAACAAAAAAAAAACCAGUGUAGGGAAUGAAAACGUAACGAACGCGCGCCAGAUAUACCAU